AACCAUCAGUCACUCUUUAUCUUGCAAUCAUCAUUCAAUCAUUUCAGUUUCCAAUUAUUAUCCAUUCGUUCUCCUCUCUCCUUUAGUUCCGAUAUAGCCCCUAAGCUACAAGCAAAACAACAAUGCUCUUCGGAAAGACACUCGUUACCCUCCUGGCGAGCGUAGCCAUCGCCUCGGCCGUCGCCAUCCCUGCUCCCAUCGAUAACACUCCCAACGCGUUGGUGGAGCGGACCACCAAGUCCAAAACCAAAACCACCACCACCACCACCAAUCCCUUUGCCAAAAUCAAGGCCUCGAAAGCCACCUGGGAAAAAGCUGCCAAGCUCUGCAAGUCAGGUGCCUCGAAGCGAUCAGACUGGGAGGAGUGGGAUGACGACUCCACCGUCCACCUCUUUGACACCCGGACUACAUCCUGGCCACCAAAGACCCCCUCGGGCUUCACCGAGGUGAGGAUGGACCAGGAGGUCGGAGAGAGGGACCCAUUGGGCCUGUGGACUUACGGGCUGGUGACCUGCAUGGGGGUCGGGGUGACGGGUACGCAGACGGACUCGAAGAAGAACUCGCGGUUUCUGAUGCAUUUGAUGGCGUCGCCGAGCACGAUGGAGAAGCAGUGGGGCAACUUCCAAAAGUUGGUGACCGAGUCCGGCGUCACCAAUAUGGAGGGCUGGAUGAGCAUCCCCGACACCUCCAAGGACGUUCCUUCCAACUGGAAUGAGGACGACAAGGAACUCAGCGAUGAUGUCGCCGAGGCCAUCGAGGGGAUCCUCACGCAGCUCAUCGGAAAGGCCCCCAAGAUCGUCAAGAGACCCAUGGCCCCUGCUAUCGCUCAUGAGCUGCCUCAUGGAACUAUGCAGAUCGAUAAGAACAACGAAGUUGAGAUUGAAGGGACCAAGGUCACGCAGUAGAUCUGACAUCGCUGAUGUGGUGGGUGCAGUGGUGGGUGCAGUGGUGGGUGCAGUGGUGGUGAGGAAUGUAUAAUAGGAUUUUUUGGCUGAUUUAAAUGUUGCUCGUGUAAGGCUGCUUUCCUUGGAAGAGUUUGUUUUUUUCUGUUCAUUUUCUUCUUCUUUUUGAAUUUCUACAAUUGCUGCUUCGUCCUCUCUCAUCUGAAAGUAUUCCAAGGCCGGAGCUUGGAUGCGACAGCGACCUAGUUUGUCUUUUCAUAUAGCCUGACAAUUGACUCUCAUUUUCGAAACCAUCAUCAUCUUCCCUGGUUAGAAUAUGUGACAAGCGCACAUCCAAAACCUGACCCCACGGCGGCCAUUUGACCUAGUUGCAUAGCGAGAAACUUGAUGGCAGACCCACCUUUUGGUGCUAUAUCCAACUUAACGCGUG